AUGAACGCCGACGAGUCCGACGACGACAUUCGUGACUGGAAGUGGGAACCGUUCACCUCAACUAUCAACACCAUCAAGCAGAACACCUAUGACACAGUCCUUGAGGCAACGCAGAAUCCAGAUGCCGCCUUUCCUAUCCCACGAUGGACACGUCCCAACUGGCCUCAAGAGGGCGUCACACUUCCCCCAGAAGAAGUUGUCCCGCAGGACGGUGCAACGGCCGUGAUCAAGGGUGAUGCGACGUCUCGGCUGCGGCCAGCUCUCCUGCCCGAGGACAGAGCGCAGAACCCCACCAGAUAUGCCCUGCGAUAUGGAAUUUUCCCCGAUGAUGACUUCCGUGGUCCUCGACACGGCCGGUCACGCAUGUCCCCCAUAGCGGAAGCCUUCGAGCACGAAUUCCAGAAUCUGGAUCAGGAUCCGGCAUCGUACUCGCAUGCAAACAUUGCUCUUUUCAAGAGCAAAUUUGGAGAAGAAGAGGUCUAUGCCGAUGAUGAGGACUAUCAAAGGGCCUUGUUCUAUGGGUUCACGACUAAAGAGAGGAUCGAUUGGAAAGCCGAGCCUUUGCACCCGGACUUUGAACCUCAAGAGAGCAACCUCACUGGGAACCUUCACGAUUUACUCGUCAGAGACCAAAAAUGGCUCAAUAUGGACGAGGGCGGCCGGCCAAGAUACAAUCUUUGCGGUAAAACAGGCGAAUACUCUGUGAACGACGAAGAACUGUGGACAGCACUCCAACCAGCCCUCCAGCUCGUCACCCGGGUUUUACAGAUGGAUCAUCCCUUCUGGCGAGCAUGCUUGGACUCUCUCUGCGGAAUUGAAGUCCCACCUCACCGCAAGAGCAGAAAACACAAGGACAAAAAGCUCAUCUACAUCGACCCCAGCGAGCCCAAGGACUGGUUCGCAAAGCAGGGCACUCACAUGAGAGCAAACCUCGCCCUCAGCUAUAUUCAGGAAAGAAUAAGCCUUAGCAUCAAGUCAAACCGUCAAUUCGUGGCUGGACAAGGACCGGGCCGAGACGACAUGACCGGUGAGACGCAGCCAUACCAUCGAAACGACGCUGUCAAUUUUCGUCUGGAAGUUGCGAUUGCAGCCGAGAUCAUGUGGCCUCUGCUUGUCCCGCAGUACACCAUUGUCGAAAAGCAAAACUGUUCACUCGUGAUUGCAACUGUCAUUCUUCACGAACUAGCUCAUGCCGCUCAUUUUGCCAUGUAUGGCCACGUCGCAGACACUCUAAACCCAGAAGUUCGUCGAGCAUGGGACGAUCCCUUCUGGGCUAAUGAGGGAAAGGCUGAGAUUGGAUUUGCAUUUGAGAACCAGCUAUGGGGCGGUACCCUCAAACCGCCUCACAAAACCGACAUCGCCAGAUUUUAUCCCUACCGCACAUGGCCCAUUGACAUCUGCCUCUGGCAGUGGCCCGACCCACCCGACCACAAAGACCAUGAAAACAGGGCAGACUACCUCCGUGAUGCUGUCUUGCCCACAGCACGCGUCGGAACCCUUAUUCAGCUCAGGGACGUCCACCGACUAUUUCAGCAGAGCUUCUGGGACGCCAACGUUCCGAUCUACGGCCACAGGGCCCUGAGAUUCACCACCGCCGGAAGACCUUCUUUUGCCGUCCCGCACGACGCAGAACUGAGGAAACAGGAUUGGUACGAAACUUUCGGGUUUUCCAAGGGUAAAUGGCUGCACUUGGCAGUGCGAGCGUUCAGGGCGGCUGAAUAUGGGAUGGUGGCGGAGUACCUGGGCCAUCUCGUUGACGAAGAGCUAGUCGGCGUGCGAACCAAGAGCCGCUGGGACGAGGAGAAAAAGCGGUGGUCUGGCCGUGACGCAGAUGUAAAGGCACACAUGGAAAAGAUCAGAAACAACGCGUUGUCCAGUAUGCCUGGAGAUGCAGCAGUCAGCGUCACCCAGCUCAACGCGCGCUCUACCACCCAGGAGCUGCUAUCCGCCUUGCAAGACUUUUGUAGCUCCGUGUUGGCCGAGCUCCAGCACUCCCAGCGCAUGGCGGUCGAAUACCUCCAGCUUUCGGAUUUCGACAAGAGCUACCUCCAAGUUCAGCUCUGGAAGCUUCAGCAGCGGAUCGAGUCCUACGGGCGCAAGGUGCACAGAAUCAUGAGCCUGUCUCUUCCGGCCAAGAUAACCCGCUGGAUGUCAAUCGUGUUUCUCGAUAACCAGCUUCUCUCGUCCAUCAGCGAGAGUAUCACAAGCAUCACGUUACUCUUCUCAUCUCUGAAACAAACCAGAACUUACCUGGAAAAGAACACCAUCUCUCAGCGCGAAUUUGACGAGAUUGCAAAGACCAUGCCCUCCAUCGCGGAUACCGUCUUCCGCACCCGGUCCCAGCGCCUGCAAAAGAUUGCGCAGCGAGAGUUAUUCAACAUGCCACUCAUGUUCCGUCAACUGUGGGAGAAGUUCCAUGUCAUCUUUGGGAGAAUCAGCACCAAACUCCGCACAGGGACAUUACGAGUGAGACCAUACAUCAUGAAGAAGAAGAGGAAGAAGCAAAAGAAGAAGAAUGCAAGGAGACAAUCAAGCCCUGGCACCGACUAUGACUCGGAGCUGUCAUUAUCACGACUCACCCUCCGAAGCCCCCAGUCGAGAAUAUCACCAAGAUCAGCUUACCCACAGGCGCUGCUGGCAUCGGCACCGGCUCCAAGACCAACGACGAGAGUCAUGUCCGCUAAUGACCCGGAGCAGGAAGCAAUCUUGUCAGGACACGCCUUUGCAGGCUUGCAGAUUAGACCACGGGCAGAAGGACCAGGAACCACCUUUUCAGGCCACAACUUUGGAAACCUGGAAAUCAGAUCACGUCCAUCAACAGCAGCAGCCGGCGCUAAGCGCGGACGGGAUGAUGAUGAUGAUGAUGAUGAUGAAGAUGAACCACAACUACCAGCCAACAAGCGACAACUGCGCCCGAAUCAAGUACUUCCGCCACAGAGAUUCGCUCGUGCUCCUGGUGCUGCUGCUGCUGCUGCUGCUCCGUCUUCGUCCCCGGCAGCUGGUGCUUCCCGUUCUGCUACCGGUUCUGCUUGGACUUCUUCUUCUAGCUCUGGGUCUGAUGAUGAUGUUAGUGAUAGUUCUAGUGACGAGUCCGGUGGUGAGUCUGGCGGCCCUAAGAGUGAUUCUGGUGGUAGAUCUGGUGGUUCACCAAGAGCUGGUGCGGAAGGUGCUUCCGAAGACGAAGAGUUGAUACCCGAAGGGAGCUACAGCGUAGGCAGCACCAGGAGCCCUGAUAUCCCCGAAGGCCCCAGCACUGGCUACCCCGGAGAUCCCAUGGAGAUCAGCGACAGCGACAACCGAGGGGGCAGAAGAGGAAGACAAGCAGCGCCUUCUUCCUCUACCCACCACCGCCACCAUCGUCAUUCCCGUUCCCACUCCUAUUCCUCCUCCUCUUCUUCUUCCUCCUACUGCUCAACUUGCUACUCCUCUUCCGAAUCCGAAACUGGUAUCGUAACCAACGACCCUAACCUCGCCGACCCCUUCAUGGACGCUCCCCCUCAACCCAACACCACUAUCCCCCCUCAACCUAACACCACCACCACUCCCACCACUCCCACCACUCCCCAACGUAACCCCCCUGCUCGCACAUCCCCCCUCCGCACCCCCCACAUGCGCGCCCCCUCCCGCUCCCCCUACCGCACCCCUCCCCCUGCCUACCAAAAGACUCCUCCCGUGCACUCCCAAACUCCUCGUCACCCCAUCGAAGGCCCUCGUCCCCGUCGCCGAUCCCCCGGCCACUCCCCUCUUGAAGGACCCCGCGGCCGUCGACCCCGUCGUCAAGUCCAACCCAACGAAACUCCUCCGCCCUCUUUCCUCAACGCAGUCGGCAGUAUCUUCGGCCUCAGCCUCGGCCCGGGCAGUGGCGGACGCGCUGCCACCGACGCUGACAUUCGCAAUGCUCGCAGCCCUUCUACGCCUGAAUUUCGCGCUCCAAGGGGUAGAGAUUCUCCCACGCAAAUCAGGACUCCAACCUCUGGUAUGCGGGGGUUACUUGCACCGUUGGGUCGGUUGAACUUUUUCGGUGGUGAUGGUGGUGGUGGUGGUGGUUCUCCACCGGCGGCACCUGCGGCACCUAGGCGGAAUGUAGAUACUAGAGGGGCGCCUGGCCGUAGAGGUAUGGAGAUCUAUGAACGUCGUAGAGCUCCUUUCGCUGAGAUGAAUGUUCCGAAUGCUCCAAGAGGUAGAGCUGGUGCUUCGGGCGCUCCGAGGGGUGCUCAGGGUGGUAGGGGUGCUGGUGCGAAUACUGGAGAACCAAGUGUCGGGUGGGGUGGUCUGGGAGAUGUUUUUGGUGAUGAGAGGGGUCAAACAGCAGGGCAGAGGGAGAAUCCAGGUGAUGAUGAUAUGGAUAUGGACGACGGGAUAAUGUAG